CUCUUUUCUUUUCUUUUCUUUUCUCGUCUCCGCCGGGCGUCCCGCCUCCUUGUCUCCUCCGUCACUUCUCCGUUCCCGUCGAGCACUGAUCGACGAGUAUACUAUACCGGGCUGCCUGGCUUUGCCUUUUCGUUCAUAUAAUAAUUGAGAAACAGUAACACCGAAAAAGGAUAGAAAAUUGCGCCCUCAGCCAAACCCUCCUUCCAAAUUUCAGACACUCUCUGUUCUCUCUCUCUCUCUCUCUCUCUCUCUCUCUCUCCUUCGCCAUAAUAAUUUUGUUCUUUACACUGCAAUAGUUCAAUAGUUGCCGUCCCGAUACCCAAAAAAGGCAGAAAUAUUUCCCCUUUUUCAAAUUUGAUUCCGGACCCAGAGUUUCCUUUUGUCCAGAAAAGGGUUGCCUUUUUCUUCUUCGGCGGGUGGAGGGAUCAAGUAAAGUUACCGGAAUUUUCCCUGCGGAUUCUCCCCGGGCUUUUUUUUUUUUUUUGCUUGGUGGGUUUUGCUGUCCGUGUCGAAAGAUCAAACGGGGUUUCGUCGGCGAGGUUUCUGGACUAGGAGGCGGAGGAUUUGGGAGUCGCUCUUUCACAGGUUGUUUGUUCUGGAGGUGUUGGAGGUUACACGGCCGCGAUUGUUUGACCCCUUUUUCGCGCUGCAGAGGGCUUGAUUAGGAUUGUCUUGCCUGACCAGGUUGUUUUUGUGCACAACAAUAGAUAUUAAAAAAAGCUGGAAAAGGAGCAAUAGCUAUGGUGUCGAAGGAGCAGCAUGGGGGUACCACCGAUUCUCCUAAAGCGGUAGUGGGCGAAAUUGACACUAGGGCGCCCUUUCAGUCUGUCAAAGACGCUGUCACCCUAUUUGGGGAGGGUGCUUUCUCAGGGGAAAAGCCAGCCAUAAAAAAACCAAAGCCUCAUUCUGCAGAGCGAGUUUAUGCAAAGGAUACACAGCUUCAUGUAGCCCAGAAGGAGUUGAACAAGUUAAAGGAUCAGCUAGACAACGCUGAAACAACCAAGGCUCAAGCAUUAACCGAGCUUGAAAAGGCUAAAAGAACAGUUGAUGAUCUGACCCAAAAACUCAAAACUAUCAACGAAGCAAAAGAGUUGGCACUGAGAGCCACAGAGACUGCAAAAAAUCAAGUGAAGCAAAUUGAAGAAGCAAAUAGUGGACUUAACCAGCCAACUGAUGCUGCUAGGCUUCAGGAUUUAGAGGCUGCAAGGGAACAGUAUAUAACUGUAUUUUCAGAGCUCGAUGUUGCGAAGCAAGAACUUAGGAAACUUCGCCAGCAGUGCGAUGCAUCUUUGGAGGCAAAGCUUGCUGCUAUUACACAAACUGCUGAAGCCGCACAUUCAACCAAAGUAAACGUUGAAAAAGUUGGCGAGCUCUCUAAGGAGAUCUCAUCAAUGCAAGAAUCAAUUGGGCAAGUGAAGCUUGCUUCUCUUCAGUCCCAUGAAGAACAAACCAAAAUAUUUUCUGACAAGGACCUUCAGAAGCAGUCAUACAAGGCUACCCUAGAAGAAUCAGCAAACAAGCUUAUUGCAUUGAAGAAUGAGUUCGAUCCAGAACUUGCACAGAAUCUCGAAAAGCAACUGACCGAAACAAUGAACGAGAUAAGUGGUCUGAGAGAGCAAAUGGACCGUGCAAAGGCCUCAGAUUUGGAUUCUGUUAAAACCGUCACUUCAGAAUUAGAUGGUGCUAAGGAGUCACUGCAGAAAGUAGUGGAAGAAGAAAGCGCUUUGAGAAGUUUACUUGAAUCGCUAAAGCUGGAGCUGGAGAAUGUGAAGAAGCAGCAUCUGGAACUCAAGGAGAAAGAGGCAGAAACAGAAUCCAUUGCUGGAAACUUGCAUGUUAAGCUACGGAAAUGUAAGUUGGAGCUUGAAGCAGCCAUUGCAGAGGAGUCCAAGGCAAGAGGUGCUUCAGAAGAAAUGUUCACCAAUCUCCACCAGUUAUCGGUGGAAUCUGAGAAUGCACGUUGUCAAACUGAAGAGAUGAAGAGCAAAGCUGAGGAGUUGAAGAAGGAAGCUGAAGCAACACGGGUUGAACUAGAAGAAGCUGACAAGAAGCUGAAACUUGCCCUGGAAGAAGCUGAAGAAGCCAAAACAGCAGAGGUAAGGGCUCUUGAUCAGAUUAAAGCACUUUCAGAGAGAACCAAUGCCGCACGUGCCUCGACAUCCGAGUCAGGUGCCAAUAUCACAAUCUCGAGGGACGAGUUUGAGGCCUUGAAACGAAAGGUGAAGGAGUCGGAUGAAUUGGCUGAAAUGAAAGUGGCAGCAGCUGUCGCUCAAGUGGAAGCUGAAAAGGCUAGCGAGAAUGAAGCACUUAAAAGAAUAGAGGCAAUGCAAAAGGAGAUUGGGGAUAUGAACGCUGCAACCCAGGAGGCAUUGAAGAGGGCCGAGAUGGCUGAAGCAGCUAAAAGGGCAGUGGAGGGAGAGCUGAGAAGGUGGCGGGAAAGGGAUCAGAAGAAGGCGGCUGAAACUGCUUCCCGGAUUCUGGCGGAAACUCGGGUGGCAUCUGAAGCAGCAGCAUCCCCUUUUCAUAACAGGAUGCCACCAAAGCCCGUCAUGCAGAAGCAGAACACAUUGCCACCACAAAAGGUGAUGGAGGUCCGGAAGUUGGAAAAGGGCAAGACAUCUGUAUCCAAGAAGGUACUGGUGUCCAAUCUCAGUGGGAUCUUCCAUAGGAAAAAGAACCAAGUUGAAGGUGGGUCUCCUUCUUACUUGCCUGACGCAGUCACUCACAGCUGCCGACUGAACAUUUUUCACUUUUCCCUCCCUCGGCGGUGGCCCAAACCCAUUUCCUCCCCACCACGCAGCCAGCCGCCGAUCUUUCCAUUUCUCCGAUUCUCCCCUGCGCCGGCGGUGAUGGGAAGCCAUCACAGAGAAGACCCACUUUCCUACCCAAACAACAUCCCUUCUUCGUCGUCCUCUCCGAUCACAGUCUCCGACUACCUCGACCCCGCCGCCGCCUUCCUCUCUUCCGACCCAUCCAACAACUCCCUCCUCGGCAGUGCAUCCAGCAGUUUCCAGAACGACCAGGGUUUCCUAACCGACGCGGCCGCCGUCGCCGCCAACAUCGACGCCGAAUUCGGUUUCUCUCGCCCGGACUUCAGGCAGAGCCCGCUUGUCGGGACCGUGAAGUACUACGAGCGCCAUGUCUUUCUGUGUUACAAGAACCCUUCUGUUUGGCCGCAGCGGAUUGAGGCUGCCGAGUUUGAUCGCCUCCCCAGGCUGCUCUCUGCUGCCGUCACUGCUAGGAAGGCUUAUAUGAGGAAAGAGACCCGGCUAACAAUAUGUGAGGGACAUGAUGGGACAGAAACCUCAAAUGGGGACGUGUUAAUCUUUCCUGACAUGGUUAGAUACAGGAGGUUAACACAUUUCGAUGUUGAAACAUUUGUGGAGGAAGUGCUGGUCAAAGAUGGUGAAUGGAUGCCUGGAACUCCAGAAAAGCUUCAUGGUUGCUAUGUAUUUGUAUGCUCUCAUGCCUCCAGGGAUCGCUGUUGUGGCGUUUGUGGUCCAGCCAUAAUUGGAAGGUUUAAAGAAGAGAUAGAAGUCCGUGGUAUGCAAUCUAGAGUCUCUGUUAGUGCAUGCUCACACAUUGGGGGCCAUAAGUAUGCUGGAAACAUUAUCAUCUUCGGAUCAAGUGUCAGUGGAGGCAUCACUGGGCACUGGUAUGGAUAUGUUAGUCCAGACGAUGUGCCCAUAUUACUCGAACAACAUAUUGGCAGAGGAGAGAUUGUUGAUUGGCUAUGGAGGGGCCAGAUGGGUUUGUCAGUAGAGGACCAGAUUAGGUGGCAAGAACAACGGCUGCAACUGAAUGGGCAUGGUGAUGUGACGGAUAGCAGAGAAGUGCCACAUAGAACAACAGAUGUCGAAGCAAGUGUUGCAGCAGGCAGUGUGUCUGAAUCUGAAGCCAUUGGAGGACGCUGCCAGGAAAUCGGGAACUCUGCUUCUUACAGUCAAAAGCCUGUCUCAACAGAAACCAGCAAGCCGAAAGAAGGGAAGCUGUCUCUACUGGAGGAGAAAAAGGGCAACAAGAAGUUUAUCUCCCGUCGUAACAGUGGGAAGAAAUCCCUAGCUCAUAGAGUUUGUGGAAAGCCAACAUGGCUCGAGAGCUGGGAGCUUGAAGAUACAUAUGCAGUUGCUGCUGUGCUUUGUGCCGUUGCAUCAGUUGCCGUUGCAUACAAAUGCUAUAAACAGCUGAGUUAAAUGAUUCCAAUUGAUUUCCUUUUGUGUGUGUGCGUUUUUGUUUUUUGUUUUUUUUUUUUUUUGGUUCUUUCCCUUGCAUCUUUGUGGCAUCUAAUGUUCAUAAGCAAAACUCAUCAGUGCAAAGAAUCUGUAAAUGAAUCCUUUCCUGACAUUUGUUCUGGGUUUACGAAGUCAAAGCUUCUGUAUUUAUUCAUCCAUCUCUAUGAACAGCUUCUUCAUAAUGCCAUGUAGCUUUCCCAACAUGUUGGAUGUGCAGCCUGCACUCAAUCAUCCGAAAAGUUGCAAAAGUAAUUGAUAAAGAUGGUAAGGUGGAAGAUUCUCUAUGGAAAUGAAG